AUGCCUGAGAAUUUCGUCAAGUCGUCGUCUUCUCACCAUGAGUGGGAGGAACCAGCCUUCCUCCAGUCGGAUCAGAAGUUGAGCUUCCGUGAGAUUCUCCAGCAUCAUGGAAGAGCUCUCCUACUUUGUUGCAUUCCAUUCACAGCAGCUGUCUUGUUCGGAUACGACACGAUCGUUAACGGAGCUGCGAUUUCGAUGCCCGGGUUCAUUCUAUACUUUGGAGAGCACAAUGCUUCUGGCUUCUAUCUUCCGUCACUCUGGACCUCGCUAUGGACGUCCAUGUCGGCAUUGGCGCAGGCUCUUGCAGCUACUGGCACUGGAUUCCUAGCUGAUCGUAUUGGUCGGAAGUGGUCAGGCUGUAUUGCAGGAGUUAUCUCCUUGCUCCUUCUUGGUGGAAAGAUCGUGUCAGGUCUGGGAAUCGGCAUGGCUAUGGCUUCUGGAACAACAUAUGCAUCGGAAAUCGUGUCUCCUCGCCUUGUCUCCCCUGUCCAACAUGCACUGGUCAUCUUUAUUCUCAUCAUGCAGGCCUUGGCUAUGGGAGUCAUCCGAAUCUUUGUUCCUGAUGUCUCGGAGCACUCGUUCCGCACAGUCUUCGCAAUCCAAUGGGGAGUUGGUGGGCUUGUCGCCAUUGCUUUUGCUUUAGCUCCUGAGUCACCAGUUUACUCUAUUGUGAAUAACAAGCAGCAGAAUGCGAAGAAAUUGUUUGACUGGAUUUACAGCGAUAACGCUGACCGAGAGGAACGCUACAACUACUUGACCAAGACGAUUGAAGACGAGAGCGCUCAACAAAACGCCAACCGAGCCCGAUAUGUAGAAUGCUUCCAAGGCAUAAACUUGAAGAGAACGUUGACCAUUAUGUUCCUCUUCGGGAUUGUGAAUCUUGGCGGGGCGCCUUUCCUGUCUCAGUCAAUCUAUUUCCUGAUUUCCGUCGGCUUGCCUGCUAUUCACGUCUUCGACAUUUCCGUUGGUGGAUUCGGUCUGGCUAUCAUUAUCAUCAUUGCUAGUGGUAUUCUUCUCAAGAACUUCAGACGCAGUCAUAUUCUAUUCUGGGGUACUGUUAUCAAUCUUGUGUUCAACCUGAUCAUUGGAGCUCUUUAUUACGGACAUGGCAAUGGACCCAAGUGGGCUAUCGCGAUACUCAUGAAUCUUCUGAUUUCCUUGCAGGCAGCCUUUAUGCAGGCUUCGGGGUGGUCAAUUGCAGCAGAGAUUUCCAGCUAUCGACUCCGCGCUAAGUCGAUGUCGCUAGGAAUGAUGGCCCAAACCUUCUCGACCUGGAUCAUCACCUUUGUCGUUCCGUAUAUGUAUAAUGUCGAUUCAGGAAAUUUGGGCGCUCGAACUGGAUUUGUCUUUGCCGGCAGCUCAGUUUUGCUGCUCCUGGGAGUCUACAUGCUCGUUCCCGAUACUACUGGCUUAUCGACUGAAGACCUUGACAACUUCUACGAGGCCAAGGUACCCGUCCGCCAGUUUGCGAGCCACAAGGUUGCAAUGCAGGCUUGA